AUGGAGCUGCCUUCCCGAGGGCGGGCGCCGCUGGACUCGUCGCUGGACAGCUGCUCCCUGACCUCGUUGGAGUCCAGCGUUUUCUGCAGCGAGGGCGAAGGGGAGCCCCUGGCGCUCGGGGACUGCUUCACGGUCAACGUGGGCGGCAGCCGCUUCGUGCUCUCGCAGCAGGCACUGUCCUGCUUCCCGCACACGCGCCUGGGCAAGCUGGCCGUGGUGGUGGCCUCGUGCCGCCGCCGCGGGGCCCUGGCCGCCGUGCCCAGCCCCCUGGAGCUCUGCGACGAUGCCAACCCCGUGGACAACGAGUACUUCUUCGACCGCAGUUCGCAGGCAUUCCGCUACGUCUUGCACUACUACCGCACCGGCCGCCUGCACGUCAUGGAGCAGCUGUGCGCGCUCUCCUUCCUUCAGGAGAUCCAAUACUGGGGCAUCGACGAGCUCAGCAUCGACUCCUGCUGCAGGGACAGAUACUUCAGAAGGAAGGAGCUGAGUGAAACGUUAGACUUUAAGAAGGACACAGAAGACCAGGAGAGUCAACAUGAGAGCGAACAGGACUUCUCACAAGGACCUUGUCCCACUGUCCGCCAGAAGCUCUGGAACAUCCUGGAGAAACCUGGAUCUUCCACAGCUGCUCGAAUCUUUGGGGUCAUCUCCAUCAUCUUUGUGGUGGUGUCCAUCGUCAACAUGGCCCUGAUGUCAGCUGAAUUAAGCUGGCUGGACCUGCAGCUGCUGGAAAUCCUGGAGUAUGUGUGUAUCAGCUGGUUCACUGGCGAGUUCAUCCUGCGCCUCCUGUGCGUGCGGGCCAGGUGCCGCUUCCUGAGGAAGGUGCCGAACAUCAUAGACCUCCUUGCCAUCUUGCCCUUCUACAUCACUCUUCUGGUAGAGAGCCUGAGUGGGAGCCAGACUACACAGGAGCUGGAAAAUGUGGGGCGCAUUGUGCAGGUCUUGAGGCUGCUCAGGGCUCUACGCAUGCUAAAGCUGGGCAGACAUUCCACAGGAUUACGCUCACUCGGGAUGACAAUCACCCAGUGUUAUGAAGAAGUCGGCCUACUGCUCCUCUUUUUGUCUGUGGGAAUUUCUAUAUUUUCAACUGUGGAAUAUUUUGCUGAGCAGAGUAUUCCUGACACAACCUUCACAAGUGUCCCUUGUGCAUGGUGGUGGGCCACAACAUCCAUGACUACUGUGGGAUACGGGGACAUUAGACCAGACACCACCACAGGCAAAAUCGUGGCCUUCAUGUGCAUAUUAUCAGGAAUCCUUGUCUUGGCCUUGCCUAUCGCUAUUAUUAACGACCGCUUCUCCGCUUGCUAUUUCACCUUAAAGCUCAAGGAAGCAGCUGUUAGACAGCGCGAAGCUCUGAAGAAGCUUACCAAGAAUAUAGCCACUGACUCAUACAUCAGUGUGAACCUGAGAGAUGUCUAUGCCCGGAGUAUCAUGGAGAUGCUUCGGUUAAAAGGCAGAGAAAGGGCAAGUACUAGGAGCAGUGGAGGAGAUGAUUUCUGGUUUUGAAGCCACUUUCAGUUUAUUUACAAAAGCUUGUGUACAACUAACUCAACUGAUAAAGCCUUGAUAUGGAUGUCUA